AGGAUCCUGAGGCUUUAUGAACCUCUGGCCAGCUACUUCAAAUCUGCUGAUGAAAAUCAGGCCAGGUUCAAGAGGCUUGUGCAGACGUUCACUGACCCCAUGACAGAAGUGUACCUGCUGUUCUUUCAAGCCACCGUACCAACUUUCACUACUUUCAACUUGCUUCUUCAAAGAGAGCGGCCAUCAAUAUUUAUGUUAUAUGAUGAGAUGGUGAAAUUUGUACGCAAGCUUUGUUCAAAGUUCAUUGUUCCAGCAGCUCUGCAGGGCCUUGAGGAGCCUGGUGAUAUUGCCUUUAAAGAGAAGGCAAACCAUUUACCAGGAAGAAAGUUGAACAUUGGGUUCACAACCAGGGCUAAACUCAACAAACUACUUGACAAGGGUGACAUCACACCACAGCAGGUGGAUUCAUUCCACGAAGCUGUGUUGUGUUUCCUGACAAGUGCUGUGGACUAUGCACUAAAGAAGCUGCCACUGAAAGAGCCACUGCUCAAACAUUCAACAUUUGUAGAUGUACGGCAGAGGGCUGAAAGUGACAUCGGAGAUGUCCUGUACUUUGUUGAAAGGUUUCCCCAUCUCCUCCCAUACCAUGGUCCAGAGGAGCAUGACCUUCUGGGUGAGGAGUUUCUAAGUUAUCAGACCAUGCCAAUGAUAUCCCUGCAGGACGAAACUGAAAUGGAAAGCUUCUGGGCUGAGAUGGCAACCCGGAAACAUAAGGUGACAGGAGCCAACGAAUUUGAGAGGCUUGCUGCCGUCGCCAAGCUGGUCCUGGUGUUGCCCCAUUCCAACGCAGACGCUGAGAGGGUAUUUUCAGUUGUGGGACUGAACAAAACCAAUAUCAGAAACAGCCUAGCAUUGGAUGGCACCCUGUCCUCAAUAAUGACAAUAAAGAUGGCCGACCUGGAGCCCUGUUUCAAAUGGGAGCCCCCCUCAGAUGUCAUCAAGGCCUCCAAGAAGGCCACAGGCUACCCGACGAAGCAGAGCCACCUGCAGGAUUCUCCGGUACUCCAGCCCCCAGCCACCCAUCAACGAGGCCCUCCUGCCCAGGAGAUCGCUCGCUUUCUUCCACCUGCUGCAGCCAUCACUCCUUCAUCGAGAGCGCAGAUUCCGGCAGCAGCCCAGUGCAAUUUGAAGAAGCCCUGCAAGCUGUGCAAUGGUCGCCAUCUUCAAGUCCUACAUGAUGUCAAUACGGGGCAGCAGAAGGGAACAACACAGGCAGUGGUGACUCAGGAUAGGGGUGAGGUGUCAACAAGGGUGUUUUACCUCGACCGGCCAACAGAGGGCAGCCGGAUCCUGCUCAAAGUCAUCCCAGUGUCCCUGCACCACGGCAGCCGCAUCCUCGAUACCUAUGCGGUAUUGGACGACGGGUCGGAGAGAACGAUGCUGCUGCCAACAGCUGCUCGGAAAUUAGGCCUCCAAGGCACACCAGAAAACCUGCCAUUACGCACCAUCAGACAGGACGUGCAGACCCUCCAGGGCAACUGUGUCUCCUUCCUCAUCUCACCCAAGGUGAGCGAGCUAAUGAAGCAUGUGGAGAAACUCUGGCAGACGGAUGUCAUACCCCUCAGGAGCAGCAAAGUGGUGACACGCUCGCAGCAAGACAACUUAGCCGUCAGCCUCCUAGAAGACAACACCACCCGUGGGGAGGUUGAUGGCAUAUUGCGCUAG